AUGAGAAUAAUGUUACCAAUUAUUGUCAAAUGUCUUUCUCUAACGCCAUGCACAGAUACUGAAUUGAAAAAUUUGCAAUUUGUACCGUCAUAUCAUCCAUCAAUCAUUUCACCAUUUAAUCAACUUGAAUUUACAUUAUCACCCUUAGUACAAAAUUGUUCCGUUUUUCCAAAAUUACAUGAACCAUAUGAAAAAUUGAAAGAAUUAUUUCAUCAGUAUGUAAAUAAUACAAAUAAUAAUAUUCAAUGGAAACCAGUAAUUGAUUGGUGCAAUGAACAAUUACAAGAAAAUCGAUUGUUACCAAACGAAAUAAAAAUGUUAUUAUUUUUAACCAUAUAUUAUAAUUCAGUAUUGGAUAAAAUUAAUUUUGAUCAAAUGAUUCCAGCAUUAAAUUUUUUACCAGAAGAAAUACGUGUAUUCAAAGCAGUACUUAUGCCAGAAGAUUUUAUGAUUGGUUAUAGAGAGUCGGAAAAGAACGCAUUAAACAAUUUAUUUCAAACAUCGAACAAUUCUGAUGAUGAAAUUCAUAUUCGACAUGCAUUAUUUAAUUUAAUGGCAAUACUAAUUCUAACGGGCAAUAAUACAUUUCUUUGGACAUUUACUUUCGAACCACAAAAAUUACAUAAAACAUACGGUUUUGGUUCAACCGCUAAUCAUGGAAUUAUGGCAGAUGGUGUUCGAUUGUGGUUGUAUAAUAAGUGA